CAAAACAGUAAUGCGUCUCUACCGUUAUUCCCAGAGACAGAGACAUUCUCCCUCCAAAAGAAUCACAUUCUUUGUUUUCUUCUUCUUGGCCAUGGCUUAUUCCCGUUGGUGCUGGUUCCCACUCUACUUAGCAGCCUCAAUUGCCCUCGGAAUCAUCGCCAUCUCCUCAGCGAUACGUUCCACUUCCAACAAGAACCCACCCCAAGAUCCACCCAUACCCCACGACAUCUCACUCAACGCCUCCAACGCUCUCCGCAAAGCAGGCUUCAUAGUCAUGGCAGAUCUUCUCCACCACUCUCCCUCAUUCUUCAAACCGCCGCAAAACUCAACCAUCUUCGCCAUCAAAGACUCCGCCAUCAAAAACACCUCCCACCCUCUCUGGUUCCUCAAAACCCUCCUCCUCUACCACACCACCACCUCCAACGCCUAUUCCUUCAACGACCUCGUCAAAAUUCCCCAAGGAACGUGCCUCCCCACCCUCCUUCGUGAUAAAAAUGUUUCUCUCACUAAGCUUGACCUUGACCAUGCACCAAACUCCGUGGAGAUUAAUCACGUCUUGAUAUCAAACCCUAAUAUCUUCCUCGGAGAGCAACUUGCCGUGCAUGGCGUUCUUGCGCCGUUCUCUCCCCUUCAGCCGCAAGACCUUCUUCAACGGGGUUUUGGUUUUGCUAUUCGCACACCCACUUGCCGCUCCAACGACGUCAACGUCUCCGUUUCCAAGAACGGGGUUGAGUGGAACCGCGUCGUUCACUUGCUCCGUGCAAAAGGGUAUGCUUCGUUCUCGAUUGCCUUGCAUUCUGUUCUUGAUGGGAUAAAGAGAGACUUUUCUGGGAGUUUGGGUUAUGUCACAAUCUUCGCUCCUCGCGAUUUGACUUUACUUGGAUACCCUUUGACUAUUCUUGAUAGAGCUGUGAGGCUUCAUAUUCUGCCUCAAAGGUUUGUUUACAAAGAAAUCUCUUCUCUGCCGGUUAGGAGUUUGUUAAAGACGCUCAUGCCUGAUGAGCAUCUUGAGAUUGAUGGGGUUCUGGAUUUUGUGCCGGGCAUGGUUGUUAAUGGUGUUGUGAUUGUGGCGCCUGACAUGAUCAUUUCGGAGAAGUUUGUGGUUCAUGGGAUUUCUAGAGCUUUUAAGAUGGCUGAGGUUACUAGUUGAAGAUAUUAUUGAAGGUCAAUGGAGUCCAUACAUUAUGAUAGGGUCAGGGAAAUUUGUAGCAAUUUUGCUUUUGGGUGCAUAAGUUUGUAUCAUUUUUAGUUUCAUUGGAUAAUGUACAAAACAUGUAUGUUCUCGUAAUCUCUACCUUCCUCUGUUUCUUGUCCUGCUAAAUUUCCUGUUUCUAUGAUGUUGCACUUGCCACUGACAAGUAGCUUUAUAUGUAUUUUGUUUUGGAAAACU